AUGGCAGGUAUCAAAAAGAAAAGUUCAUUAAGAGAUAAAUCUUCUAAAAGAUCACAAUCAGAUAGAGUAUCUCAAUUCAAACAAGAAUUAGCCAAUGACAAUAAUAAAAAUGUUACCCCUAAUUCAGAAAUAACUUUCUCCUCCUCCUCCUCAUCAUCAUCAUAUCAUGAAAAUCCGUUUUUAAGAUUAGCUAAAAGUACUAAAAAAGAAAAACAACAAGUGAAAUCUGAUAAAUUUGUUAAUAGAUUAAUUGGCGAUUCCACCAAAAUAAGUAAAUCAUCAUUAAGAAGAAGGAAAAGAAAAGCUAGAGAACAAUUAAAACCAAAAUUAGAUGAUUUAUUAUCAAAUCUACCCCUGACAAAUAAUGAAAAGGAGGAAGAAUCCAACAACAAUCAAGUAAAAGAAGAAGGAGAAAAAGAAGAUAAAAAUACCCAUACCAAAUUUAUUACUAAGAUUAGUCAAAAUCAUAUUCCUAAUCCUACUAAAGCUAGUGGGAUUAAACAAAUUAUGAAACAAGAAAGUAUAACUUUUACAAAUGCUUUGAAAACUAGAGAUUCUAAUUUUUCAUCUUUAAAAAGUAUGAUUCAACAAAAUUUACAAAAAUAA